CCUGAGGAGAAGAAGGGGAUAUUGUGACUGCAACUCUUCCGAGAAUGGUGUACCAAAUCGUCUCUCUGGUACUUGGUGGCAUGAUCUUCCUGGCCGGAGUGUCAUUGAACAGCUACAUCUUCUUUGUUGCUGGAUGUCGUGUGGAAAGCACGGCCAGCGCCCUGUGGUUCCUGAACCAGGCCAUAGCCAAUUUAAUCUUCAUCAUCUUCCUGCCCUUCAGAUGCAUCUCCAUUGUCAUCCCGGACUUAGAGUGGGCCAAGAGGCUGAGCAGCACCAUGACUUCCCUACACAUGUUCUCAAGUGCCUUCUUCCUCACCGCCCUCAGUGUCGAUCGCUGCAUCCUCGUGGUGCGCCCUGAGUGGACCCGGAACCUCCGCACACACACCCUGGCUUCCGGGGUGGUUCUGGGCACAUGGGCCCUGUCACUUGGGUUCAGUUUGCGGUAUGGUGAUCACUUGGAAUCCCUGCUCUCACCUGCCAACACCAGCAUGAAUUUCCAACUGGAUGAAGGGAGGGUGAAGGCUGCAGUUGUGUUCCAGUUCCUGGUUGGGUUUCUGAUCCCAUUAGCCUUGAUCUUGAUCCCAACCUUCUGCAUUGUUCUAGCUGCCAAGCUGAGAAGGAAGAGGCUGAUCCAGUCCACCAAGCCACUCAAGUUCCUUCUUGGCUUGAUCCCAACCUUUUUCCUCUGCUGGCUGCCGUAUCACGUCUUCUCCUUCCUGCUGAUCUCAGCUAAAUACUCUCUGCCUCUUCUGGACAUGGGAAGGACUUUUGCUGGGGUUCUGACAUAUUUAAGCACCUGCCUCAACCCCAUCUUCUACCUCACCAUGGAGGAAGAGUUUCUGAGGUACCGGCAACGUGCACGAAACACCCAAACCACCGACAACUGAGGGCCAGAGACAGCUGAAUAGGGGAAUGGAUGGAAUUGUGGAUAUUUCCAGGAAAAAUAAUUAUAUUCACUAGACCCGUAACUUUCUCUUGACCUCAAAAUUGUCUUUUUCAGAAAGUUAAUUCAAAGAAGAGCCAAGAGAAUGAUUACAGGAUUA